GUCGGGGCCUGCUCGUGUGCACAUGCGAGACUGCGCGCGCGUUUCGUCUCUCGCUUGCAAUCAUCUCCUCCGGUACGCUGUGCGUUAAACAGGCUAGUUCUUAACUGAAUAAAAUCAAGUGUGUUUUACGUUCAAUCGAGGCACCGUGUUCGGGAACAUCCAAAUUCUAGUAUCUAUCAUGAGCGACGAAUUUGAACGUCUCAACUUUCGUGAAAACGGUAAUUCUCCUCUUUGGAGCAUUUCGAAUAGAUUCAUCAGUGGGACACAGUGAACAUAGUUAUUCCCUCCGUUUCGUCUUUAUUCAAUUUUUAUCCACGAUUUAAUUCACGUGUACCUUCGUAUCGGAGUUCCGGCUGAGUUCGUUAACGUUAACGUGACAGUCGGCUGGAAAGCGCAGUGACAUUUCGCAAAUGUCAGCCGCCAUCGUAGCAGCCGAAGUGAUAUCCCCGUAAUCGGACCGCGGACCGUGAUAAACGAUAAGAAAAGCACCCGGUUGUUUCGCACCAGUGUUUGACUCUAGUUUUCCUCGCUCGUUACUCGCGAGCGAACGCGAGACAUGUGAUCCUGCGAGGGCCGCGCGAAGGGAUCGAGAAAGAGACGCGUUAAACCGUCUGUCGCCGAAGGCUCGGAAAGGGACUGCCGACAUGGACUGGAUCAGGAGGCAGGACAUCAAGGAGGAGUCACCGGAAACUCCUACAGCUCUGACACCGGACGAGCCUGACGAAUGUUAUUUCGAAGAAGACACCUCGAUAGACGAGGGCAUGGGUCUGGACAAUGUGAGCUCAGCGACCCUCAGGCCUUUCAACUCGGACAUCAACACACCGAGAAUUGACAGCUAUAGGUUCUCGAUGGCGAACCUUGAAGAUUCUCAGGAUGUCGAUCUCGACGCGAUCCUCGGCGAAUUGUGCGCUUUGGAGCGCCGAUGCGACGGUGACAUCGCGGCCACACCUGCUCCCGAUUCGCAGAGACAGGGACGACCAAACAGCACAAGGAUCACCGCUGCUGACAAUACCGACAUCGGUAAAAACGAAGGAGCUAUGCGGACCGAUAGUCCUGACAAUGACAGUGCGUUCUCGGACACGGUGUCGAUGUUGUCCAGCGAGAGUUCCGCGAGUAGCAGCGGUUCCGGUCACAAACCUCCUCAGACCGCCAUGCACACAGCCCCACAACAGCAGUCCCAUCAGCUUAUGGACGCUGCUAGCAGAGUCAAGGCAGAGAAGAUCCGCUUGGCAUUGGAGAAGAUACGCGAGGCCAGCGUUCAGAAACUCUUCAUCAAAGCGUUCACUUUAGACGGCAGUGGCAAAAGUUUGCUCGUAGACGAAGGAAUGAGCGUGGCUCAUGUAUGCAGGUUACUCGCCGACAAAAAUCACGUGCCAAUGGAUCCAAAAUGGGCGGUGGUCGAGCAUCUUCCCGAUCUUUUCAUGGAAAGGGUAUACGAAGACCAUGAGCUGCUAGUGGAAAAUCUUCUACUGUGGACGAGAGACUCGAAGAACAAGCUGCUGUUUGUGGAGAGGCCAGAAAAAACACAAUUGUUCCUCACUCCAGAGAGAUUCCUUUUAGGUCCGUCAGACAGGAGCAGUGGAGAAUACGAUGAUCAUUCUCGUAAUAUUCUUCUGGAGGAAUUCUUUUCUAGCAGCAACGUUGGAGUUCCAGAGGUCGAGGGACCGCUGUACCUAAAAUCGGACAGCAAAAAGGGCUGGAAAAGGUACCACUUCAUCCUGCGGGCAUCCGGCCUCUACUAUUGGCCGAAGGAGAAAGCUCGCACGGCUCGUGAUCUCGUUUGUUUGGCUACAUUCGACGUGAAUCAAAUUUAUUACGGUAUCGGCUGGAAGAAGAAAUACAAAGCCCCGACAGAUUUCUGUUUCGCCGUGAAGCACCCCAGGUUACAGCAACCUAAAUCGACCAAGUACAUCAAGUUCCUCUGUGCGGAGGAUAACGCGUCCUUGGAACGAUGGAUGGUCGGGAUAAGAGUGGCCAAAUACGGAAGACAAUUGAUGGAGAACUAUAGAACCCUGGUCGACGAGCUCGCCCAAGAGGAUCUCGAUAUAUUGGCCCAUGCCAGAUCAUGCUCCGUUAGCUCGAUCGCUGUGCCAGCUCAGAAUCAGACACAGUACAAUACCAUCAACGAUAAUGCUCGUCAAUUCACGGAAAACUUCAGGCACAACGUGGAGGUGGCUAUUACCAGACAAUACGAUGGCCAGAGGCAAAUUUACAAUUCUGAACAACGACAGAGUUAUAACAAUGAUGGGAGACUGAGCAGAGCUAGCAGCUCCAGCUCCAGCGGAUGUCUGUCUGAUGGAGCGCCUAGCAGUUGCGAGGUAGCUUUCGAAUGUGGCGAAUUUCCAACGGGAACCAUCAAAAGGAAACCUUCGAUGAAUCCAAAACUACCCCUUACAUCUAUAACGAGACAGUUGAAGGAAGUUGGAGAGACAGUUCGUGACGAGCCGGAUUCCUGUCCAAGUCCAACGAGUUCCGGUUCUGGAACGUUAACCAGAAGGCAUAGUCGAAGAAGAAGUGGUACCGACUCGGAUGGGUCUGGAACGUUGAAGAGACACCAUCGAUCCGGAAACGCGACUCCGGUCAGUCCUGUACCUCCUGGUACACCAGUUAGAGAGCGAGCGAGUCCCAUGGGAUAUAGUAGGUCGGAGAGUCAGGAAUCGAAAACGCCUACCAGCCCGAUACCAACUUGUAUGAUGGAUUCGAUCACUUCCUUACCGCCACCGCCAUCGCCGUCGAGAGUAGCCGAGGAAACAGAAUCGGACAACGAGCCACUUCCUCCACCUCCGCCGGAAAUGUUCCGAUCGAAUCUCUCUCUGGAUUCAUUGCCACCUCCUCCAGCUCCCGGUGAGCUUCCAAUGUGCAAUACUCCAGAACUCACCGGUUCUUCGUUGAGCCUGGCGUCCCUUCCGCCACCUCCGAGUCCUUUGGUGGGCGAAACAGGAACCAUUCGGCGUGCACGACCGAAACAGUCCACCCCAACGAACUCCAUCACUCCCGAGGGUACUCCAACGCAUGCUCCAUCAAGAUCUACGAACAAUCAGCAGAUGUACUCGACUACGAACAACUUGCAGAACAACUCGAACAGCCAGAACUAUAACACGAACUCACAGAACGUUCUUCACAUAAACAACACUGCAAAUUCAAUGGCCUCACCGCACAGUUCCUAUCCAGGAUCCAACGCGAGCACACCGACCUACGCUCCGAGCUCGCCAAACUUCACUUCGCCUCCGCCAUUCGUUCCUCCGCCAGCAUACGGCACGCAACAGCACAACAGUUCCAGCCUCAGCAGACAAAACUCCAAGGUGGAGUCGCUGUACGGAACCCACCCAGGCGUUCACCAACACAACUCCACGGUGCAACCCAUCAGGCCAAACCCGAACAUGGACACCGUGCGACGAAGUGCCAUGAAGCAAGGCUCGGGGCACUACGCGGCUCCGCCUUAUCUAGCUGAGCUGAAAGCCGCUUCCAGCCCUCAGCCCCAACGCAGGGUGACCAUCCAGGAACCACCCACCUCGCCGAAAUCGAAGACGGGCACCGGUAAGAAGAUCACGUUCAAUCUUCCACCUCAGCAGGAACCGGGAAGUCCAGCUCUGCCCCAGAGGAAACCUAUGCCACCGAGAAGAUCGGACAGCACGAGGCUCACGUCUCCCAAGAAGCUCGCCGCAUCCGACCAAGCGCCUCCCGGUGACUUCCUGAAGGAUCUCCAGAGAGUGAUGAGGAAAAAAUGGCAGGUAGCUCAGAAGUGUAAGCUAGAUUCCACCACUACCCCGCACGAGGUCCUCGGAUUCCGUGAUCCACCGCCUGCAGUGGCUGAUUACAGAGAGACCAACGUUUCGAACUGGGUCCAGGAACACUACGGAGCUGAUAACUUAUACGAGAAUGUCUAUGCAACGGAUCCACACGCACCUGUGGAGUACGCGUCCAGUCCGGCCAGGCAAGCGACCGUCAGGUUUGCCGACGAGAAUCGCAGCAUCAACAUCGUGAACGCGAUCGCCAGCAAGAGAAGACCACCACCACCGCCUCCGAAAAGGGCGGAGACCACGCAUCUGACCACGACCAGGGCGAUGCACUGACAAUAGCAGUUACUUCAGCCCCAUCCCGAAAGGCGAUGGUAUUGCUGUCUGUGCAGCUGGUGGAAACAGUAACGAAAGGAGCGAGAUGAAUUUUUUCUGUGAUUCGGUCACCCUUUCGAGGUCCUAAGUAUAUCGAGAGUCCACAUACACACGUUAAUCGUUCUCCGCGUCGUUGCACGCUUCCCGUUCAACGGAGGACUUGAAGAGGUGGGGGGGAAUAAAUCGGAUCGACGAUUAUCCUUAACGAAGAAGUUCCGCUUUUUCUACGUCGUGAAAACGUUUGCAUAGGAAUCGGCUUGGCUGGGAAAAUCGUUGUUUAUGUCUGCCCAGGAAUUUAAGCGGCUAACAACCGUUCUAGGAUAAUCUAUGUACAUUUAAGGUCUCAAGGACGAGAGAGAGUCUGUUCGAUACUGCCAAUUGAAAACGAUCGUCGAGUCAGAGCCUCGAGUAUCUGAAUCGAAUAGGGAAUUUUUUUUUUAAUAACGAUAUAACGGCGAAACGAUGCGCGCGGGUUCUCGAGUUGGAUGUCAAACAUCGUUCUCACCGCCUAAACGGUCGAUCGCCGAUCCGCUUAGAUCGUAAGAGAAAAUACUGCCGCACAUAUUGAGGAUGUGAUAUAGAAGUCUUAAGCCACUACACAGGAUGUCUCGUGAUCAGGGACAAUCUUUCCUGCGAACAAUUAUUUCUCUGCAAUGAGAAAAAUAAUCAACGGGACACCAUGAUCGCGGUUCUGUUCUUUUGGGGGAACCUAUAACUCACGAAUCGUGAUCGCAUUUCUGUGCGCAAGUUGUAUUCAGAGUUUAACUAGGCUUAGCUAAGUAUCUCUGAUGUUGUUCGCUGGUAUGCAUCCGUAAAGACGAAGUGGAAAGUAUAUUUUCACG